AUGGGGAGGACGCCCUGCUGCGAGAGCAGGCAGGGGCUCAAGAAAGGGCCGUGGACGCCGGAGGAGGACAAGCUCCUCGUCGACUACGUCCAGGCCAACGCCCCCGGCAACUGGCGCAUGCUCCCCAAGCUCGCCGGGUUGAACCGGUGCGGCAAGAGCUGCCGGCUGCGGUGGACGAACUACCUCCGGCCGGACAUCAAGCGCGGGCCCUUCACCCCCGAGGAGCACAAGUCCAUCCUCCAGCUCCACGCCAUUGUCGGCAACAAGUGGUCCAUGAUCGCGGCGCAGCUGCCGGGCCGGACGGACAACGAGAUCAAGAACUACUGGAACACCAACCUCAAGAAGCAGCUCCGCCAGGCGGCGCUCGUCGGCGAGCAGCACCCCGCCCUGGCCAGCCCAGGCGCCUCUGUCGGCGCCGGCUGCCUCGCCGCGCGCCACACGGCCCAGUGGGAGACCGCCCGCCUCGAGGCCGAGGCGCGCCUCUCCAUGCUCUCCACCUCCGCCGCGACCACCAGCGUGACUGCCUCCUCGUCCUCCUCCACCGCCGCGGCCGGGGGCGAGCACGGGGCCGACGCGCCGUCCGACGUCUUCCUGCGCCUCUGGAACUCCGAGGUCGGGGACACAUUCCGCCGCAAGUCGGCGGGCUCGGCACCGCGCGAAGGGUCGGCGCCACGUGAAGGGGCGCAGCCAGCAGCGGCACCGUUGCCCCCGCCCGGGGACGACUCGUCGGCAGCGUCCAACGUGACGACGGCCGUGACGGCGGAGGAGUACCAGGUGUUCCUGGACAUGGCGGCCGAGGAGCUGGGCCUGUUCCACGGCGGGUUCUCGCUGUACCCGCCGGCGGACGGCCUGUUCGCCGAGUUCCAGUGA